GUCUUAGCAAUGAAACUGCUUGGAACGUUAAGGGCAGAUACGAAUAUGAACUGAUUUAGUGUCGGAAUUGAGAUUCGUUUAUUAAAAAAUUCUUUUAUAAACGUUGAGUAACAUCCAAAGAAAAAUCUUAUAAGGACGCCGUUGCAACGAAUUGAAAUUAACGAUAGUUUUCAAAGUCAGCGGCGGACGUGAUUUAUUCAUUCAAAAUGGCCAGCAAAAGUUUCAAAGAAGCAUACCAGAGAAGUUCGGACGAUUCUCACCUUGACAUGAAAGCCUUUGACUUCGUUUUCAUGUUCAAUAAGAGCAUUGGCAGUUCCAAAGUGUUUUACUUCAUGAUUGACCCCUGGAUGAACAAUAGACUCUUCCCAAAAUGCAACGUGAUGCGGUUUGGAAAAUUGAGAAAUUUGGUGCAUUUCAAAGCAUUGGAGCUGGACGGGUAUUUGUAUAUUAUUGGAGGAAAAGACUGGGAGACUGGGGAACACAGGGAUCACACGUGGCGCUAUGACCCCGGAAGUGCAAAAUGGACCGAGAGGGCGAGGAUGAAUGUCGCUAGAUGUCGUCACACAGCUGAUGUUCUUAAUGGCUGCAUCUACGUCACUGGAGGAGAGGUGCAUCAUGGGAAGGUUUCUGAUAGCUGUGAAAAGUACGACCCUAUCAAAGACAAGUGGGUUGAGGUGGAACCCAUCCCUCGUCCCCGAGCAGACCACGCCGCAUGCGCAAAUGGCGGGAAUUUGUACGUUUCCGGUGGCAUCAGCAACCUCAAGCACCAGUGCUCCAACGUUUUCUGGAUGUAUGACCCUGUCAUGAACGAGUGGACGGAGCCGGUGCUCGGUGUCAUACUACCCCACGAGAGGGAGAAGCACUGCAUGGUCCCUGUGGGGAAGAAAGUGUUUGUGAUAGGAGGAAGGGGCUUUGAUCAGGAAACUUUCUCAGAAAAAGACGAAGCAGCCAUUUGCAGUUUCAACACAAAAUGUCGCGGCGACUUCCGGCGCGAUGCAUGUUGGGAUGUAAAUCAUCCCAAUAUGAACCAACCAAGAACUAAUGGAGGAGCAGUCUUAUUGGGUCAUAAUAUAUACAUGAUUGGCGGAAAAAGUUUCCAGCGCGACUGUGAUGUUCUAUCGGUCGAGUGCUACAACACCAAGAAGAGGAAAUCUCGCGAGAUGUUCACCCUUCCGUCAUGUGACAAUUACGUGAACUGCGACUGCGUGACUCUCAAAGUGCCAAUCACAAACAAAGACAUUAAUUUCAACGACGUGUUGUUGUUUGAUAAAUGGAUCAUGUGGUGAUUUUUCGAGAGAGAGAGA